CUUCGCCUUGGCUAACUACACCUGUUGUUACAAUGGGUGACUCAUACAUUAUAGCAAUAGACUUUGGCACUGCAUACAGUGGAUAUGCUUACACUGUGAUGUCUGAAGAGCAAGAAAUUGAUCCCGUUUUGAAGCGCUGGGGAAAAGAGCUCGGACUAGACACCCCAAAAACUCCAACCUGCAUUUUGUUCAAUGAAGAAGAAGAAUUUCUCAAGUUUGGUUAUGAAGCCAAAGCUGCAUACGUCAACAUGCGUGGAGGAGAAGCGACAAAACACCACUUUUUUGAAUCCUUCAAGAUGGCUCUCUACGGCAAAACACUCAACAGAGAUGUGACGAUUAAAGCUGCAAAUGGAAAGUCAAUGAAGGCCUUGAAGAUUUUCACUGAAGCUUUACGAUACCUGAAAGAAGAUGCACUGACAACCAUAAGUGCCAAAGCAGGGAGGAGGUUUAUUGCCUCUGACUUCACCUGGGUGCUGACUGUACCUGCGAUCUGGGAUCCUUCAGCUAAACAGUUCAUGAGAGAAGCUGCAACUCAGGCUGGUAUUGUGACCAAAGGAACAGAGGACAAGUUGGUCAUUGCACUGGAACCAGAGGCAGCUUCAGUCUGGUGUAAGAAGCUCCCAGCUGAAGGUUUUAUAACACAGAACCAUGGAGGAGACUCACUGGAGCACUCUCCAGGAACACAAUACAUUGUCGUCGACUGUGGAGGUGGAACUAUUGACAUAACUGUCCAUGAGGUUCUGGAUGGAGGAGCCCUGAAGGAGCUGCACAAGGCCUCUGGAAAUGAUCUGGGUGGACAAACUGUGGACAAGAAAUUCAAAGAGUUCCUCAGAGAAAUCUUCUGUCAUGGUGUCUGGGAUGAGUAUGAAAGUAACUAUCCCAGUGAGGUUCAGAAAAUGAUGUAUGAUUUUGCAGUUCUCAAACAAGAAGAUGAAGAUGUUCAGAUCAUCUGCCCGUUUAACCUGGGAACAAUAGCUCAGAGAAGACAGGAAAUAGAAAAGUUCUUUGAAACAGUGCGAGGUGUUUCCUGGCAUGACGGGUCAAUCAAAAUCUCAAAACAGAAAAUGAAGUCUUUCUUCAUUGAGUCUCUGAACGGCAUCACCAAGAGUCUCAGAGAAAUCUUGGACAAAGAUUUCAACAUCCAGUUCAUCCUGUUAGUGGGGGGGUACGCUGAAAGCAAGAUUCUGCGUGGACACAUUAAUGAUCAGUUUGGUGAUCAGUGUAAAGUUCUGUGUCCUUUUAGAGCACAAGAAGCAAUUGUGAAGGGAGCUGUGAAGUUUGGAAGAAACCCAGAGGUGGUGGCAUCUCGCAAGAGUGCCUUUACCUAUGGGAUCGCUACCUGUGAGGAGUUUGAUGAGUCCAGACAUAAGGCAGAAAAGAAAUUCACAGCUGAUGGGCGUGAGUUGUGUCGUGAUAUUUUCAUGAAACUAGUGAAAAUAGGUGAAAAUGUGGGUUGGAAUGAAACCAGAGAACACAUUCUCCUUCCAGUAGAGGCAGAUCAGACAGCAGUGAACAUUACAUUUUAUCGUACAGAAAAGAAAAACGCAAAAUAUGUGGAUGAAUGGGGAGUAGAUGAUGUUGGUUCAUUUACUGUUAGCAUGCCUGAUACUAGAGGAGGCACAGAACGUGAAAUCAAGUUGGAAAUCAGGUUUGGCUCCACAGAGAUAGCAGCCACAGCAACUGACAUGGUCUCAGGCACAGAGGGAUCAAUCAAGGUCGACUUCAUGACCAACGCAACAUCUGAAAUGCAGCAGUUUUCUCUGCUGUUGCACGACAGCUUAACUGACUAAAUUACUAGAUUCAUGACAAUCAAUUCUGUUGUGACCACAUAUCGUACUUUACCAGGGUCUUUUAUCUUGGCUUGGGUUUGUUUCUCUAUAACAUUUCAUCAAACACUGUCACUGCAUAUAUGCAUUACUUUAUCAUUAUAUUUCUUGGACAAAGAGUUUGUAGUUUUUGCUUUGGUGUUAAAACAACACCUGAUGUUAAAAUGUGUGUGUGUGCAUAUGUGUUUCAUUACUCCAUCAUAAUGCAUUUUGCUGACUGUUAUGUACUUCCAGCAUAUGGUGACAAAAAUAUAAAUCCAAUACUUGGUGAGCAAAAUGAUUUAUGGAAAGCAUGUGAAUUAAUGAUGACUAAUUUUUUGUUGUGCUUUUUAUGUUGGUGUGUUAAUAGGCACAUAUACAGAAAUCAAUCAAAUUAAUCAAUCUUUAUGAUCUAUACACACUUCUGUAAUCAACUGAGUCACAUUUAUGAAGUGUAACAACAUAAAUCAAAUAUUUACUAUGUAGAUGAUACUGUGAUAUACCUUGCAAAAGCAACAUACAGCAUACUGAUGCUCCAAGAUGAAUAUCACCAUUUAUCUGAAUCAAUUUAUGUUCUUUUGAAAUAAUAAUCCAAUAAAGUCUUUGGUUUGAGUCUCA